CUGAACUCUUGAGACGCGGCGCGUGGCAGUUCUCGAGUGAAGGGUUGGGGUUGGGGGAUCUUUCCUUCGCUUACAAUAAUGUGCAAUGUGCACUUAGCGACGGUUUUAGACCAGCAAUAAUAGGCAGUCACAUAGGCUGCAGUCUGUGUCUUUGCUUACAGCGCCGAGCGCCACGUGUGUGGCGUGGCCGCGCAGCUCUCCUCACCACGCUCGUCACGAGGUCACGAGGCCGCAAGACUGCUGACUGCGUGUGGGGUGACUUUUCAGUCCUAGGCUGGAGCAGUUUGGAGCAAGGAAUCCAGCAUGGAGGAUGGGUCUGACGGCGAUGGACUCUGACGAUGAGAGACUGGAGAUCGACAUGUCCAACGGGCCAUCGUCGCAGCCGAGCUGUGCCGACGGCGGCGCCGGCGGCGACUGGGGUCUGCGCUGUGCCGAGAGCGGGCCGUGGCAGGGCCGGGCCGCUCUGCUGCCCUCCAGCCCUGUCCGGACUCCGCAGGAGGAGGAUCUCUGCGCCGACCGGGGCGGUGACGGCGGCUCCCGGGAGGACGACUCUGUGCUGUGGUCUGGUCUGGACGGCGACUCACCCACCGGGGACGCCGAUGUACCGGGGCCCAGUCCGGCGAGCGGCGCUGAUACUGAGGGCGAGGGGCCGCUGGAGGAGGGCGAGCUGGAGGACGGAGAACUGGAGGCAGGUGGAGAGGACGGCAGCGUCGAAACGGCGGCCGAUAAUGACGACGCUGUGAUCGAAGAGGAGUUUUUGGAGGUCGCCAAGCAUGUAAUUCCCGCACUGGAAGAACUGGAAGCUAUCAGUGGAGGAGAUAGCCGUGAUGCCAGUCCAAAUAAAGUGACAAGAAAGACCGGAAGUGACAAAAAGCGACAAAGGCGCUCCAAAGAAGCACAUGCAGAAAAGCGGCCCUGCUCGCCCGAGCUGCUGGACGACGACUCCAGUGUAUACGUGCGCGGCGCCUCGCCGGUGCAGUGCGAGUGGCCGAAGUGGUCCGACUACGACCCUGUCGUGACAAUGGACUACGGCACCUACUACCAGCAGUACCAGCCGGGCUACGGCGCCACCGGACAUCGGCCCAAGAAACGGCGCCUGGACAAACACAAACGCAAGUCAGACUCCAUCUGCAGCUUCUUCAUGCAAGGCAGCUGCUUCAAGGGAAAGAAGUGUCUUUUCUCUCACAAAGCUAUUCCACCAUACCAGAAGAUGGAGCUAUGUAAAUUUUACGCCAGGGAGAGCUGUUUCAAGCGCGACCAUUGCUCCUACUUGCACAAGUCGUUUCCCUGCAAACUGUUUCACACUGGAGCGCAGUGUUUGACCGACUCAGAGUGCAAAUUCAGCCACGAACCUCUCACAGACGUCACCCGGUCCAUCUUGCUGAAGCACAUCGAGUCGGCGCCAGAGGACAUCCUGGGCGACUUUCCUCGCAUGUACCGCACGCUGGCUCAGCGGCGCAUCAACGUGGCGCUCGCCCAGCGGCGCAAGGGCCUGGAGCCGGACUUCACCUUCCCCAACCUGGAGCGGACCAGAUUCACGCACAUCGCCACCGAUAAGCGUUCCGCGACACCGCCGCAUCGUGAGCGACGAUCGAGCGAGUCGCGGUCACGGCGCGACACGGCGGCGGAGGCGGGCGACGGCGAGCGGGGCGGCCGGGGCACGGAGCGACGGCGUCGGCGGCGUCACGGCGAACGUCGCCGUCCGCGAGACCGUCGGGUAGUGACGGUGUGCGAGCCGGCGGAGCCCAUGGAGGUGGACGGGGAGCGGGGAGAGGGGCAGCCGGGGCAGCCGGGGCAGCUCCCGGUAUUGGAUGGGGGAGUGUCGGUGGAAGGCGCGGCCGGAGCAGAUGAUGUUCUGCUCGGUCAGGCGGUGGACCGGCGGCUGCGGCAGCUCCGACUCCAGCAGCAGCAGCUCAGCGGGUCCAGAGAGCCGACGCCACAGCCGACCGACGACGACGCGCCUCCGGCCGACGAUCACUGGUACUCGAGCGACGAGGACGGCCCGCCCCUCACCGACGUCCUCAGACGCAUCAGUGAGGAGUCGAUCGAGGCCAAGUUCUCCCCGGCGACCAGCGAGGAAGGUACGCCCACCAGCGGUGACGACGGCAGUGACGCAGCGGCCGAUGACGUCGCUGGUACGGCGGAUGACGUCACUGGUACGGCAGAUGACGACACCAUGGACCCGGUGGAGGCCAUCAGCCAGCUGCUGAAGGCUAUUCAGAACAGCACUACUGAAGAGGACUGGAGGUCUCUGGGUGAGCCCCCGUCGCAGAAUCCGGACUCGAGCGUUCAGCACCACCCGCCUCAAGACACCGGCAUCAGUGGCCAGCAGCGCCCGACUACGGACACCGACUACAGCGGCCUUCUGCGCCCAGCUCAGGACAAUGACUACAGCGUCCAUCAGGGCUCUCCACGAAGCACCGGCCAGCAUCGCUCCCCGCCGGGAAAUGAUGCAGCACCAGGGACGGCCGACAGCGACCCUUCCGGUGCCUGUCAGAUGGAUACGUCUAGCGACUGGACGGAGAGUCCGCAGGCGAACGAUGAGGACUUGAGGCUGCGGGAUGAAGAUAUGCGACCUCGAGACAAGUUCGGCUUCGGUGGCGGGGAUGUGUAUCCAAGAGACGAGGAUUUGCAUUCAAAAGACGAAGACUUGAGAGUGAGGGUCGCCAAAACGCAGCCCAAGCUUCGUUCGAGAGACCAGCAUGCAUAUCAGGAUAUGGAUGUUUCCUCCAGAGAUGAGGGCCUGCGCGCUGGACACAGCCCUCUGCACCCUACUGGUCUUUGCAGGGAGGGCUCUCCGCGGCCCCGAGCCGCACUAAGCCUCCCCCGCGGAGACCGAGACCUGCGCCUGACCGGUACACCGCGCUGGCCGGGCACUGACGACUUGUCGCUGCCGUUCGCACCCGUCCACUUCCAGCCGUGUGUCGAGAUCGACGCGUCGGUGGCGACCGGCGGCGUCCGCCUACCGUGGCGCCUGACGGGUGUUCUGGCCUCCGGCACGGACUACGCCCGGCUACGGCAGAGACCGCCGGCUGCGGCCAGUCGCUCCGACCCCCGACUGCGAACCCCGCCACCGCCCCCGCAGCAGAGGGAGCAGCAGCAGCAGCAGCAGCAGCGCCGGCGGUCCGGAGAGGAAGCGGAACAACGCACAGCUCCAGACCCAGAGGGAAAGGACGAUAGAGAGGCCUGUGGUAAAGAAGGCCCCGGCACCGUGACAUUUAAGGGCCCGACACUGGGACAGAUGCAGGCGAUGGACCAGAAUAACGGUAAAAGGACGGAGACGCCAUCCGCCGCGUCCACAGUGGAGCAGACCAUGGCGCUCAGCUGUGACCCUUUUCAAAAGCCGAUAGAUCCUCAUCAGGUAGCCCAGCAUCUACACAUUCCAAGGGGCCCUCACCAGGUGCCCCAGGAUUCAAACGUGCCGCUAAGAGACCCUCGCCAGGUGCCCCAAGAUGUGAGGCCAAGAGACCCUCGUCAGGCAUCUCAGGAUCCACACGUGCCGCCAAGAGAUCCUCGCCAGGCGGCCCAGGAUUCAUCCGCGUCAAGAGACCCUCGCCAGGUGCCCCAGGAUCCUCGCGUGCCAAGGGAUCCUCGUCAGGUCCCCCAGGAUCCGCACGCGCCGCCCAGGGACCCACGUCAGGGUCCAAAUGACCCCAAGCGGGCACCUGUGGAUCCUCGCCAAGCGAAUGUGAUGGGUCCCUGUCAGAAUAUGUCACUGGAUACAAACCUUCCUAAGGAUCCUCGUCAGCUUUCAAAUGCACCCAAAGGGUUACCAGUGGAUCCUCGCCAAACGAAUGUGAUGGGACCUUGUCCCAAGCCAGCAACUCCACACCUACCUCCCAUGGACACUAGUCAUUGUGGCAUCGUUCCUGCCAGUCCAGCGUCGCUCCUGAGCCAGCCCCCGCCGCCGGGGGUCCCCCAGCUAACUGAGCAACCCUCAGUGGGCCAAGCAGCCGGGAUGACCGAUCCACGGCACCAACUAUGGAUGACGGCUUCUCAGCAGACCUGGAGCGGUCCACAGGCUACCGGGGUUCAACCUCAGACGGUAGGCACUCCGUGUUACCCUCCUCCGGAGCAGGUGUUCUACCAGACCCUGCCCCCGAGCCAGCAGACGAGCCAGCAGACGAGCCAGCAGCCGCUCUUCUACCCGGCACCGCCGCCCAGCCAGCAGAUGUUACACCAGCCGCCCCCAGUACCGAGUCAUCGGCUGCAGGGGCACCAACUGAACCAGCCGCUGGCCGCUCAACAGCACCAGCCGCUGGCCAGUCACCAGCUGCACCAGCCGCUGGCUAAUCACCAGCACCAGCCGCCCCAGAUCCCGGCUCAGCGCCAGCCCCAGCAGGCGCCGUCGACCCAACAUCUGUUCCCGGCGUACCCGCCGCCUUUUCAGCACCAGUUGCACCAGACUGCCCCGCCCCCGCCGGUCGGCCGGUCGUCCAGCCAGUCUCACCAGCUGCACCAGCCGUUGGCGGGACUGCACCAGGCGGCUCCGCCCGAGCCAGUCGGUCUUCCGUCCUCUCAGACUCACCAGCUGCAACAGCCACCGGCGGGACCGCAUCAGACUGCUCCGCCCCAGCCGGUCGGCCCGCCGUCCUACCGGCCGCAGACUAGUCAGCAGCAGCAGCAGCAGGAGCAGCAGCAGCACGAUCUUCAACAAAAUAGUGUCAGUAUCGCUGCGCCUCAGCCGGCGCCGCCGCAGCAGAAGCAGCAAAUAUACCAGUUUCCACCGGUGUAUCAGCGGCCACCACCCACUAUCCAGCAGUCCUUACAGCAGCCGACGCACCAGCAGCCGCCAACGAGCCAGCAGUCCCGAGCGUACCAGCAUCAGCCGCCGAGCCAGCAGCCUGGACCCCAGACCGCACAGCAACAGCCGUCACCAAACCAGCAGUCUAUUUAUGCCCAGAAGUCCACACAUCAGCAGCCCGGGUAUCAGCAGCCGCCGUCUAGUCAGCAGCCUGGGUAUCAUCAGUCCGUUCGUCAGCCUCCGCCGCCGCCGAGCCCGCAACCUUUGUGCGUCCGGCACCCGACACCCCAGCAGCCUAAACAACAGCAGUCAGCACACCAGCCGCUGCCGAACCAGCAGCCUGGACACCAGCAGCCGCCGCCAAACGUUCAACUGGGCUAUCAGCAACCACCGCCUAGCCAGCACUCUGGCUAUCAGCAGCCGCCGCCAAGCCAGCAAUCUGGCCAUCAGCAGCCGCCGCUGGGGCAGCAGUCCGUACAUGAGAUACCGCUGCCACCGACCCAGCCGAAACCAAAGUCGGGUCAGCAGCAGCCACAGACGAGCCAGCAGCUCGCACACCAGCCGCCGCCGCCGCCGCCGCCAAGCCAACAGCCUUUGUAUCAGCAGUCUGCACAGCAACAGCAACCAGUGCCGGGGCAGCAGUCUGUGCGGCAGCGUCCGCCGAGCCAGCAAACUGUUUACCAGCAGCAGUCGCAGUCGAGCCAGCCGGCUGUGAGCGUGUCUAUCGCCGGUCGAGCUGGCCGAGCAGGCGGCAGCCCCGGACUGCUGGGAGCCAGCCCGACCCGGCCGGCUGUGCCCCGCCCGCUGCUGGCGGCUGGCCUGCCCCCGGGCCGACGAUCGGCCGCCACCUCUCCGGUGCUGUCCCGCCCGCUGCUGGCUGCCGCCGGCCGCACACCGCCCGGCGGCCUGCUGCCGCGACCCGGCGCCUCGCUGCUGGGCCGUCCGCCGCCGCUGCUGGCCACCCCGGUCAGCCGGCCGACGGGCGUGCUGGCCGCGCGAGGGCUGUCCGCCGGUUCCGGCCUGCACUGAGAGUCGACAUAGCGUGACAGCUACCGUGCCAGGUCAGUGAGUGAGGCAGAGAGACUGGCGCACUGCGUCCCGCCCGACCUCACACACAUAUCGCAACCAAGUGAUCAUAUCUGCGCUAGUCCCAUAGUUAGAUGGCGCCAUGUGAUCUGGAUAGCCAAGCCUCUUCUGUAAAUGAUGGUACAAAUGGUGUGAUAUCAGAUUUUGUGUUUAACAAGUGACGUGUUGAUUAUGCAUCACGAACAAUGCACAUAUGUUGUACCGUAUAAUAAACCCAGUUGCUCGUGGUUUUA